AUGAUGGGGGGCGCUUGCGGCGGGCUGCUGGGCUUCGGAGGCGUGGUUGGAGCAGGUGCGGCGCCGCCGCCCGGAAGCCAGGGGCAGUGGAUUCAUGGGCCAGCUGCACCUCCGAUGCUGGGAGGGCUCGGGCUCUACCCCGGCUGCGAGGUCGAGGGCGUGUUCCUCGACAGGUGCGGCUCGCCCGUCGGCGCGGCGAGGUUCGCCGUGAGGGGCAGCUGGCCGCCCGACGUCGUGGGCAUGUUCUUGAAGUGCCAACUCCUCGCGACGAGCGUGCCGCUGCACGAGCCCAUGCUCCAGGGGCUGUUCGGCAUGGGCCAGGCGGUGCUCCACUUGCGUGGCGGUCGACCCGCGGUGAUCUGCAGCCAGCAGGAGAUGUGGCCAGGGCGGCAGGUCGUGCACGUGGACACCUUCCGCGUGGCCCCCCCUCCGGCCUUCGGCGCAGGGUUGCCUGGAGCCGUCCCGGGGGCCGCUGCGCCCAAGGCUGCGGCUGGCGUGGUGGCGCUGGCGGCCCUCCCUGGAGGGGCGAGCGUUGCGGCAGGAGGCGCAGCGGGCCCAGGUGACGGCGACGGCGCAGGCAGUUCGGGCUACCUCGACCCCAAGAAGUUGAAGGAGAAACUGGAGAAGCUGCGUCAUCGUCUGGCCCAGAAGCGUGAUAUCGGGUCGCUCUUGGCGUCGAGGGCCGGUGCAUUAUUAGCAUCGGGUCUCGAGCAGAUCAAGCAGCUGCUGGCGCAGAGGGGUGGUGCGGACACGGAGAAGAACCUGAACAGCAUGUCGGCGAUGGUGGUGCAGUACAUCGCGUCGGCGUGGCACGGGCGGCACCCGCCUCAUACGAUGGGGGUGCGGAACACCAAGGAGAUGCGGAUGAUCGGAGAGUGCCUGGACGCGUUGCUGGCAGGUCGCCUGCCCGAGCUGGGCGACAUGCUGAUGCAGAAGCUCAAGGCCAUUGAGCAGGUCGGCGCCGACGCGAACGCCAGCCUCGCGCGGGCCAGCGAGGUUCGCGACGCCGUCAGCGCAUUCGAGGACGAGGCGAGGCUGGCGCAGCACCUGGCGGCCGCUGGCAAGAAGACUG